AAACUUCCAACUGAAGGAGAAGGCCAAGAAAUGGCCUCUGAUGUGCCAUACAGACUCGUCAAGUGGCACGAUUCAGGUAAGUAUAAAAUCAGGCGAUCCGUGGCUCUCUCCUUCUCAUAAAAAGUCACGAAUUGAGUUAUCCUUCUACAUACCUUCUGUAAUAUACAUUUAUAAUUUAUUUUAAUGAAGAUUGCUCAGCAUGGAUGACUUUAUAGUGUGUUUUGUUGUGUUUUUCAACGGCCUUUUUUAAUUUGGUACAGCUUCAAUCAUUGUGAGUCAGGAUUCAACACUGAUAAAGACUGCUGGUUAAAGGAACACUACCUUAAAACGUUGUAACAAACUGUGCAAAUUGUAUCUUUUAGAAUGAGACCCCCAUCUGAGAGAUGACGAGCAACUUUAAGCGGCUGGUAAAGGAGGCGGGGUUCGAUGCACGAAAGAUGAGACAUCAUUGUAACAGACUGGUGAGCAGAAUAAUCCCUAUUGUAACGUUGACGAAAAAGGGUUGAGAAGCUUAAAUCAACCCACGUUACCAAGACGACACGCAAGUUUGGGCAAAAAAUAAGUUUAUUGAGCCAAGCGGAAACUGCUGAUCGAUAGCUUGACAAUAAACCUAAACGCAACUAAACUGAAAAACGCUUAGACUACAAUAUGAUUAUUAACUUCAUGAAGAUCAUAAGAGAUUAGGGAGGGAGAGGUGGGUAAGAGCUUACACCUCGUCUCCGGAUCUUACAAAAGAUGUCCUUGCGGUCUGCACAGUCGAUUAUAAGAGACAUUCGAUACCUCUAUAACCAGUUACUUAACCAUCAUUAAUGAAUGAUUUCUCAAUCAACCCAGCUUAACCCGCCUGCUGGUUGUUCGGUGGAGUAAUACUGCUGGAAGGCCAAGAGUUAUUGUGUGAAGUCUCGUAAGGUGAGGAUGAUUGAAGGUCAGAAUGGCGAAAAAAGGUCGCUGCCUAAUCGUUAAUUGCUUUAGUAUCGUGCCAUUCUAAACGUCGUUGCUCUACUUGCUUCACAACAAACUUAUGAAAGGCCCGCACGCUGGACCAUGAAUAACUAAUAGCUUUAAUCAUUAAAAGCUCGAGGUGCGCCAAGAAAGCCUCUUUCAGCUUCGCAUCAUAGGUCUUCAUCAUGAAUAAAAAGCCUGAAACAAACUCGGAGAGAUUUAGUUUAUCAUACUCACCUUGAAUGCUUGGGACGAAAUCGUGAGGCCAGUCUAUUGAUAUCUUGACCCGUCAUUGCGCGGCUGGCUCGUUGACUUCCUCGGUGAAACCUUCGAGCAAGUGUUCUUGGGGGCGUUCCCGGUGACUCAAACUGAGAACUUUCAGUUCCAACUCAAGCUUUUCUUUUUGAAGCUGUUGAUCGUAAGUGAGAAAGGAUGCUGAAUCCUCUGGAGAGAUUGGCGGCGGAGAGGCGGCAGGAACCGUAGCUGGUUUGGAUUUUGAGGUUUUGGACUGCUUUGCUGACUGAACAUGCUGAAGCGUAUCGCCUUUUUCCUCUAGAUCAAAAUCCUCGUGAAACAACGAGCUCGGAGGAAAAUCGUAGAAAAACUCAGGAUCAUAUGCUUUCUUGGAUUGACGUUUUGGACAGGCGCCUGAGGAGCGUGCCAUUCUAAGAAAAGAGCUUGGAGAACAAAUCGACAUGGAAAAUAAGAGCUUACGCCUCGUCUCCGGAUCUUACAAAAGAUGUCCUUGUGAUCUGCACAGUCGAUUAUAAGAGACAUUCGAUACCUCUAUAACCGGUUAAUUAACCAUCAUUAAUAAAUGAUUUCUCCAUUAUCAACAAACCAUCAACGAUUUUAACAUGUCUAUUGAUGGGACAAACAAGAAAUAAAUGAAGAUAGGUUGUUAGGUUUACUCUUUCAUUGUUAUACAAUGAUUAUGGUCAGCACUCACAAACUACAAGUAUUGUGGCAAAUGCUAUAUACACUGUCAGUUUUCUGAGUCGAUUUAUAUGUGGAAAGUAAGAAGUUAAAAAAAGUGCGUUUCAUCAGAAUUACUUACACAUGUCGAACACAUGUUAAUUCAGCUGGUCCUUGAGUUAUAUGUAAAAAUCAGCCCAAAAUUUCCGGCCCAAGCUAUACAUUUUUAUACAUUGGGUCAUUAUCUUUGUUGUAGGGGAUGGCCACCACUUUGAUGAUAAAUGAAUGUGUGAAGAAGAGCGACGUGUUCCUGCGUGAAAGUGUGGCCACAUUAUGCCUGCUGGGCAGGUGGUCCAAACAGGAUGGGACUUGGGCC